AUUAUUUCUUUCCAGCGGAGGCAAACACAAACAUUUCGUGCUAUUCGUCUGCUGUGAAUGAAGCACCUAACAUUGACUGGUGAUUUGAAGCCACAUGCCACGAGGGUGGAGCGAAGUUAAAUAAAACAACGAGGCUACAUGGAUGGAGAAAAUGUUUAGGCGAAGAUGAACGGUUAUCCUGGUGUUUUCAACUCAAAAUGAAGCAAUUUCUACCCAGAAAACCGCUUUAAAGGUGGUCUAGCAACAAAGGUAGAAAAAUCGAUGAAGCUUGGUACAUCAUCGCUAUACAUGCUCUGAGAGGUUUCUUUUCCUAGAAAGCGCCUUCUAUGACUGAGUAUCACAGAGAUGUCACAGUGUAUUCGGAAGAAAUUUACCGGCAAACAACAUCUCAUGAGGUUCUUCGCUGUCCAGCAGGACUGCGGCGCAAGUUCCGUCAAUUCUGCACUUCGGUUCAAAUUCUUGUGACAGGAGGAAGAACCUUGCGGGGCGUGCCCAGGAUAUUUGUUCUACGCAGAGCUUUUUUCCUAUUCUGGGCAUUGACUAUUACACUAUUCGUGUACCUCAAGUGGUAUUUUCCUCUGUAUCUUACGAGCACAGUAAAUCGCAACAGCUUGUUAGAUUUCAGAAAAGACUGGUGCCGAGUGCGCAGGGUCGCGACAGACUGGGAACAACUCAGAUCAACUUGUGAAGGAAACGCCAAAUUUGGCGUGAAUUUGCCUGGAUGGGGAAUGGAAAACAGGACUGACCCUACGAAAAGUUUCAUUACAGUAAUGGACAUAAAACCUGUCGGGGAGUUUAGCAGAUUCAGUAUUCAGUCCCAGACACAUAACGGUCAACCCAAGACUAUAGGAGGCGACGAUUGGAGGGUUCUUAUAUGGGGACCAUCUGUGCUUGCACCGACAGUGAUUGAUCACGGCAAUGGAACGUACGAGGUGCUGUUUCUUAUCUUGGAGCCUGGAACCUACUCUGCGUCGAUCGUGUUGGAUUACUCGCUGUGUGAUGGAAUGAAAAACCCUCCUGAUUACUGGUUUAUGAUAGGUAUGGUGCGGUAUUUACAAAAUUUAUAGCGCUUAUUUCUCCGGUAUCGAGCUGUAGAAACACGAGUGGAAGUUUGGGAGAAAGAGCAAGGCUGUGGGAGCAUGAGCCGAUAGCAGCGUGUUUGAACAGCUUUUUCGAGUUCUCCCAAACUUUC